AAGAGUUCUAUUCUAAUUGCGCCCUUAAGCUUGCCAGUAUCGUCUUACUCUCCGCAGUCGCACGUUGUUUGUUUUAAGUCAUCCUCCAGCUGCAAUUACAUCAUCAGUUCUGAGCUGUGCUGAAUCGAACUUGACACAUUAUGUUCGAGCAAGAGGCAAACGAUCUUCAAGUGAACGACGUAGUAAUGCAAGAACCUGCCCAUAGUCACGUUGAUAGCGAUUACUUUAGUGAAACUGAAGAAGAUUCACCUGUGGAUGGCGAAGGAGCAAACGACCCAAGUGAUCCAAUUGUUUGUUCAGUUUCAGAUGAUUGGAUAGAGAUGGACUUGUCAAUGGACUCUUUGCGAUCAUUAGGUUUCUUAAGUGAUACUGAUUUUCAAGCUGUUUUGGAAUCUUUCGCAGAGUUCACGAGCCACCAAUUACGAUUGGGCGUGUCUAAUCCGAGGGAAAUGGAAGGCUUGCUAAGAAAUCAUUUAGCAUAUCUUUUAUGGCGUCGUACCGUAUUCACCAAACUUCGUCAGCUACCACCAGUCACAGCGGAAGCUGAACAGCUAAACCAUUUUCUCGGUAAUAAGUGGUACGAGGACACAGAGAUGAUGGCAGAUAAUAGAGAACGGUUCAAGAAUUUGGUAGAUGCAACUUCCGUACCCCAAUUGAUUCUCUCUACAAUUCAAUCUUACUUCCGUAAACGACAACCCGAGAGAACGACAAGGGAUGUCGCCUACCAAAAUAAGAGACCCCGCAGGAAUUAAAGUUUAAUUUUCGUUAGAUUAUUUAUUCAUUUUCAACGCAUACGGAACUUAUUUUCGAUAAUCUUAUUAACCAAAAGAGAGAUUCUAUUUUACGUAUUUUUCUAUUUAUCUUUUUUUUUUUCAAUUGUACGAGUAUAGUUUUCAAAUAUUUAUGGCCGCUCAUUUAUUAAGCACAAUUAUCUUGCUUGAUGUGUGUGAAAGAUUUCACAAUGUUAUUAUUAACAAUCACCCCAUCAAUUGUUCUAAUUUCAUUAUUAAGAUUUUAACUGCAUUUUGUUAAGAUAACUGUUCUUAUUUUCUUU